GCGGGCAGCUCGAGCGAAGGUCAGUCACGCCGAAGGGAUUCGUCCUCCUUUCUGGCCGGCAGGGUGGCAGGCAGGGAGCCAGCUAUGUGCGUGUUUGUCAGUCAGGGCUGUCCUUAUACGACCAGGUCGCCGUGGGGGGCCAGGAGUGGCUGGUGGUCCUCUGUGGGUGCCCGUCGCUCCGGCCUCCGCUCGCUGAGGUUGCGACGCAGCCACUUGACCCACGAGGGGGCGUUCUCUCGCCGCCACACCUCCUGCUCAGCCGUCCACAGCGGACCUGCACACACACACACGGGGGAGAAAGAAGGCUGUUGACUAUCGACGUCUGUCUGUGUGUCUGUCUGUCUGUCUGUCUGUCUGUCUGUCUAUCUGUGUGUCGCGAACAGCACUGACCGAGCCAGAGUGCCACCCUGUCAUAAGAGUACAAAUGCAAAGGCCGCACAACCUCCUUUGAGGCACUGACAAACCGCACGAGUCGGUUGGGCUCCAGCCCAUGUGGCCCGAACUUCUCCCGUACGACGACCAUGAAGUCCUCCGCCCUGCCCAAUCUUGGAAAGCGGCACACCUCUGCGUGGCCCUUGUAGUGCACCAGGACGUGGUCACCCCGGUUGUUACACCUGGGAGAUGGCAUCUCGGGAUAGUCAGGCCCCUUCCACGCAGGGCAAGACGAUGGCCAAUCGGCAACGUUGAACACGUCACGCCAUCCGGGAAGUGGAAGUGGCCUCCACAUCGGCAACUCAGCUCUCCACAGUUGACAAUCUUGUCCACGCUGGUUGGGAAAUCUGUGUUUCAAUCUUCAGCGCUGAAGAGCU